AUGUUUUUAGGUCUAGUAGUAUUUAUUGCUUUGAAAUUUUUAGGAAUUUCAAUGAUGACGCUGCCAGAAGAUGAGUCACCUCCUUUUGAUACAGACAAAGUAAAAAACGGUAAAGAAUUCCAGGUGAAGGUACACAAUGGAACGAGACAUAAAUUUUUUCGGGAUAUGGACCCAGAGCCGACCCUUGGCGGUGCUUCCGCGCGACGUGUGUUUGGGGGUUCCGCAGCUGAUUUGAAGAAUUUCAAUGCAGUGUGCGCUCUUUUGGAUAGUUACUGGUCAGUUCGCUGCACUGCAACUAUCGUCUCUCCACACUGGGUCCUCACAGCAGCCCACUGUGUGACACCGCGUCUCGCUUACGUCAAGUACAAUACUCGCAGGCCGGCUUCUAACGACGGGAAUGUUACAGCUGUUCAUUUUCUUUACAAGCACCCUAAAUAUGUAGUCGUGCAGAAGGAUGAAGGUCGAGGCCAGGAUGUGACCGUCUUACAAAACGAUGUCGGUUUGGUGCGUACGCGAGAUGAAAUGAGACUCACUUCUAAUCCCAGCAUACUCUCUAGCCUGCGAUCAAACAAUGCGCUCGACUUGCAUGACAAGGAAGUGAAGGUGCUCGGCUUCGGUCGCACGGAGAGGGCGGUGUUGGGCGAAGAGUUGUACUCGGUGGAGUUGCGCCUGGUGGGAUGUGAGCGGAACGAGUGGAUUUACUGCGUGUGCGGCGUCGCUAAAAUUGGAAUGCCGCGUGGCGUCUGUUCCGGGGACUCUGGCGGGCCCGUGUUGUAUAAAGGCGUGCCGGUGGGGGUCACAUCGAUGGGUCCAGUGCAAUGUGCACAGAACAGCGAGACACCACCAGCUGGUGCGACUAGCGUUUUCACGUCUCUGUACCAGUAUAUUGAUGUCAUCAACGAUACGAUCUCGGACACGGAGGCUAGCCUGCGCUUUCGGAAAAUAUCUCACGGAAUCACCAAAAGCUUUCCAUGUCUAACGAUAUUGCUUAUUUUGAGGUUGCUAGCCUCAGUCUCACAUUCAGCGUGUUUCCUAUCAAUACAAGAAACACUAUCUAGUGGUAUCCCAAUAGUGUUUCAAUUACGAUCAGGCAAUUUGUCUCGCAAGAGUCGCUACGUGUUGCAAAGUUUUCUCCUCGGGGAAGUCGGACCUAAGGAAGCCAUUUACGAGCAUGACUGCUUCUUCGGUAAAGGAGCGGUGCAAGCGCAAAGAUCCUGCCCCGCACCCACCGCCUUCACCUCCGUGGAAGUAGCGCAGUGGACCACGACCAGCCGGACGACGACGCGGUGUCUCAAGCGCGGCCACUACGCUACGAUCAUCCUAAACUUACUACUAAUUAUGCGAGCGGACUUCAAUAAUACAGAAAUUAAUUGGAUAAAUAAAUUGGACCGCAAAUUACAGUUGCGGUCAACCACCGGAGCGGAGGCCACGUGCCGCGCCGAGCCCGACAGCCGGUCGGGAGCCGACCCGCUCCAUUGGGUUACAAGUUUCAUUGUCACGCUCGACGUCACGCUCGACGUCACGCCCGACGACUCGUUCGGCGUCAUGCAGGAGGGCGGCGAGGAGGCAUUUUCCGGAUGA